GCGCUCCCAGCACGGCGCAGCGAGGUGUGCGAGCAGAAGCGGCAGCGCAGUGCGCACAGCUGGUGCUGCUGCUGUGCGGAGGUGAACCGUAGGGUUCCUGCUGUACCGCUGAGCCCCGCCUCGGCUGCAGGGAGUUCCUUGCUGUGACCUGGCGAAGUACGGAAAUGCCCUGUCAGGGAGUUCACAUCUCGCCCAGCACAUCCAGCUCCCCGGUGUUGCCAACUCCUAAUGUUGCCUAAGGAACUUCUGCAGAAUGGAUUCCUUGUAUACCUGCAUUACCCUGAGCAGAUAUGGCUUACCUGCGGUGUUUGGAGCCCGCCCAUCUGUGUAGCUGUUUACUGAUGUACUUGCAGAAUAGGAGGAAAUCAUCAACUUCUUAUGGAGAACAGGCUGUGUCCAGUGCCCACGGGGUGCUCACUGGGAGAUUCUGCCUGUGAAGGAGGCAAGCAACAGAUCAUGGAGGAAGUUGCCAGACAAAGUGGGGGGUCCUCUCAAGUGAUCAUGGCCCCCCCUGCUGCUCCUGCAAAGAUAAUCUCCAUGCCCACCUCACAUGUCCCGUGUUGUCACACAGCCAGUAAAGCUCUCUAUGGCUCUGUGCUGCCAGGAUGUCUGUUAACACACCUUCCUGUUUGCUCAUGGAACCCAGAUUCUAUUUGUAUGUCCUUGAUAUCCUCAGCAAGAAGGAACUUCAUUCACUCAUCCCCAGAGGCUUCCAGAUUUAUAAGGGGGGCUCGUGUGCUGGCAAGGAGGAAAGCUGAUGGCUAUUACUACCUGGGCCACAUCGCACAACAAGUGAAGGGCUCCAGGGAGUGUUUUUUAAUUGAAUUUGACAAAAGUUGCACGCUGAAAGGCAAGGUGCAGCUUCGUAUGCAGGAAACACCUCUCUACGACAUUCUGCACUACGAAGAUGCCUCGCAGCGGUGCCUUGCUCCAGGAGACAGAGUCUUGGCCCCAUGGGAGGCUAACACUGAGCGCUUUGGCCCGGGCACUGUGCUCAAGGUUAUGGAGAACAAGAAGACACCUUUAGCACACAGUAGAAAAGGAGUGCUUGUGAAUUUCUGGAAUGGGCAAACUAAGGAGGUAUCUUCUGACCAAGCUCUGUGGAUCCCUCUGCCCUUAAGUGAGCGCAUCAUCCUAGAACUGCAGAUGCCAUUGGCAGCCAGGCAGAUGGUGGUGGAGUCAAGCUUGGAUUAUCCAUACAUUGUGGCACCAGGUUACAGAGCUUCAGGCUGUUACAGACAGGGCCACUCAGGGUUGGACUGCUGGCCAGAGGGGCUGUGUUCACUUCGGCCAUGCACUAAGUGCAGCUGUAGGUGUACCUUAGUUCCCCACUGCUGCCUUGCAGCCUGCGAAAGCCCACAGCCUACAGAGCACAAAGUGCAGCAAGAAAAUUUCUUCAUCCCAGGAACAUCCUUGAGUAAAGAAGAGCUCAGCAAGAAAAUAGAAGAGCAGCUGUCUGAAGUGAGGAUUUCCCCUUCAGGACGUAUUUCCAGAGAGGAAGAAGAAAAUGAAAAGAGCUUGAUGACAGAAAAUCUUCCAAAAGAUGCUCAGUCUUGCUUGGAAGAGGACAGUGAGGUUUUAAGCCCUAAGAAGAGUCCUCAGAGGGAGAUGGCUCAUGCUACAAUGGUUGAUACUGCUGUCAACACAGACAGCUGGUUGAUGAAGUCAGUCCACAAGGAAGAAGCAGGCAGCAGACAGCAGGAUGCUGGAACUGAGGCUCAUUUUAAACACAAACAUGGUAUGAAUUCAUAGCUGUUUUAUCCAGACAUAAGGCUUUCCACACAGAAUCAUUGUGGGGGGCCACAAUGUUCUACUGCCGUAGUUCUCAAUGAGUGAAAAGAAAAUGUCAAUGCCAUCCUAGAUAUAAUGGUAGUUUGGCUUGAGAUGUUUUUGGU